AUGGCGCCCAAAAUCGCUACCAUUGACGCCUCUGAGCCCUUGGACAAGAUCCUAGACGCUAUUGCGCGAGACGGUGGUGUAAUUGUAUCCAACUUCCUCGAACCCGAGCUCUUGAAUGAUUCAAUGCGUGCAAUCGAACCAUUCUUCUCUGGUGGAAAGAUGUAUGAUCCCAAGUCCGCGCAGAAGGACCUUGGGGAUGACUUCUUCCCAGAGGGUUCACAGCGUGCCUAUGGCCUCCUGGCCAAGAUGCCAGAGCAAAUCAUCAAGAUCAUCCGUCUGGAUGUCUGGCAGGGCGUCAUGGCUCGUUUCUUAAAGUAA